GCAAAAUACACAAUUUCCAUCACACCCUCUACUGCUCCUUCUUUCUGUUUUCGGCGCCUCGCGUGGCUCGUGUCCGGCCUCGCGCCCUUCUUUGCCACGAUGGAGAACGAAAAGAAAGAACACCAAAAACCAACGAUUUGCAUUUUUUGUUUCCCACCUUCACCGCGGCCACCCUUAAAACUGAUCGUGGGAGAGAAGAAGGAGAUACUCAACUUCUGGAUCAUUUUCGCUCUUUUUCUUUGUGGAAGCGGUACCGAGAAUGGAGAAUGAAAAGAGAAACCUUUUCAGUGUCUCUUUGAAGCUGUAGAGUGAUGGAUUGUGAUCGCUGCUUUCAAUAGGUUUCCUCCUUUUUUUUUUUAAUUUCCAGACCGCUCAAAGUCUUCCCGACAAGCAAAAAUUUCUUCGCUGCUUUCCUCAUCUCUUGUCCGAGCUGCUACACAAAUAGCAGGCCUUCUUUAUUACUAUUGUCUCCGUUUACCCUUUAGUUCCUGAUUAUUUGAACUGACAUCAGCGUUGUUUAUUUUCUCUUUUUUUAUUUGUGUGUCCUUGAAUUUCUUCUUUAACUAUUAGGCGUCUACAAAGGUGUCUUGUGCCGGUGCACGGACGCCAUUCUCGCCGCUUCUUCGUUUUUGAUUUGAAUUUUCUCUUUUAUCUUAUCGGUAUCCGAACUGUUAUUUUCUUCUUGCUCUGUGGUGAAACAGCCUGACGUAACCCCUUCUUCUUUCUUUCUUUCUUUCUCUCUCUCUUAUGCGCGCCGGGUGCGACACUUUCGGUGACCCAAUGCGCGAGCACAGCACAAAAGAAAAGAAAAAGAAGAGAAAAAUAAAGCUGGGAGAAAAUUCCAACCAAGCGUAGUGCGUACGAUGGUGCCUUCACGCUGUCUCCUCGACGUUUCGUUUUACGUGGUUCUCGUUCUCUUUCGUUUUCUCUGUUUGUUGUUACUGUUACUAUUAAUGGAAGCGCUGCACAGGAGAAGCAAGCUAAAAGAGAAAAGUUCGCUGCGUUUUUUUCCCCUAAAAAAACCCAGAACAAACUAAAAUGGACUCGCCUUAAACGAUGGCGGUGUCCGAAAUAGUUUCGUGAUGUUCUCGCCACUCCAUUAACGAACGAACAAAGAGAAGUAAUGGUGUAAGAAAGCUUCUCUUGUCAACUUGUCCCCUUCUUCUCUUCAUAAAAAUCCGAACGUCAGAUGCUAUUCGUAUUCGCUAUCACUAUUUUUUUUUUUCUAAAGUGAUUCAUUGUUUUUGUUUUGUUUCUUUUCCAUUUUUGGAAAAAAUCAGCUUUUUUGGUUUUGUAGCUUGCAUGAACGCAUCAUAUAUAUAUAUAUAUGUUUUACUGUUUUUUUUUCCCAUUUUCUUUCAUUGACGUUGUUUAACAGGUCUCAUCAUCACUCCACUGAUGUGGAGAAGAAAGAAGAAAGUGAAAAGAAUAGUUUUUCUGCAUACCAGUGGAAGACUGCUUUAGUAGAGAGUUCUGUCGUGGUUGCAAGAGAGCGUUGGUGGUGGGCACCUCCGUUUGCUCUCUCUCUCCAUUGGAAGAGGCUGCAACCUCGAUUUCUUCGGCAGGCAUGUUGCGAGGCGUCGCUCGUCGUUCUGGUGCUCACGAAUGCGCAAGCCAAGAGGCAGAGAUGAGCAACACGGAUGUAUGCAUUCACAGCGAUGAACGUCAUCUUUUCGGACAAGGAUGGAACCUGAAACACCACAGACGAGAUACAAUUAGUAAAAAGGAAAAAUUAUCCAGGAGAGCUGCUUCCGUCCAAUGACCUUUACUUCCAUCGCUUCUCUUUUCUUGUUCCCUUCCUAUUGUCUCACAUUUCCAUUAUUAUUACUAUUAUUAUCAUAUAUAUAUAUAUAUUUCUCCGUCGUCAUCUUCGCGGUCACUCUUGCGAUAAUUUGUUAGGAAGUGUAGUUGAGCGCGCUUCCAACUACUCACACUGAGGGAGUGAGAGGAAUACAGACGCAUUGAGUUUCUGUUUUUAUGAGUUUUUCUUUUCGCGGCGUGUAGCGGGAUAUUCAUCGUAGUCACGUGCACCGCUGAUUUGGUGGUGCGAGAAAGGCGAGGAGCGCCCAGAAACUUUGGCAUCUGCUUUCGUGUAUGUUGCUGCUGCCCACCUCUUGUACCAGUUCGGCAGUCGCGGCUAGUUUGACGGACCAACUGAAGUUGACCCUUUUUCUCACUCACACUUCUUUCACAUACCUUUUUUUUCUUUUUGUAAGCCACUAAGUCUUUCACAUUUCUUUCUGAUUCGAUUUGUUAGGGAAGUGUACGUGAGGGGAGUAUCGGCCACGCUGCUGCACUAGACGAAGUCGUAGCACCACGCAGGAGAGCCAUACUCUUGAAAAACAAAAAUCAACAUUUUUGGUUGUUUCAUUUUCUGAUUUUCUGCUUCUCUGUCCUUUCUCUUUUCUUCUACUGUUUCGUGGUUUGGUAGGGAAAAACACAAUAGUACAUUGCUUCUGGUAGCAUGCGGCAUCGCUCCUUCAGUUUCACAGCUGCGUGCCCCGCACGUCGAAGAGUGCUUCGAUUUGCAGAGGCACCUCCCCGGCGCACCUGCGGUCCUCUCACACUCCGACUAUCCAUACGUACGUACACCGCCAUCCCGCUGAGCAAGGUGUUUCUUUGUCGUGGUGCUUGCCCACACCUUGCGGGCAACAGAGAGACAGCGUGCACCGCAGCACCGCCCCCCUGCGAUGUGUCUUCCAACGCUGCAACGGCCACACAUAAUGUCUGCGUAUGCCCGGCAGCAAACGACGCUCUGCUGAAGCAAAAGCAGUCGCACCGCUUUAUGCAAUGCCGCACCACGACUCACGUGCCAACGCUGGCAUACGCCGCGUCGGCAGUGGUGGAGGAGCUGCGUGUGUGUGAGUCGGUGCGGCAGGCCUCUCGCGUGGCGUGUGUGCGCGUCCCUCGUCUGCUCGUCUUUGGCGGCGACGUAGUGUCUGUCACAGCGCUCGAGGCCCUUCACGCUCGCAUGCGGUGCAUCGUGUCUGAAGCGCUCCGCUGCUCUCGUCGUAGUGGUUUUGGUCGUCAUACUGAUAGUAGUAGUGGUAGUACGAGUGAGAGGCAGCCCGGUUCCUCCUCUUCACAAGUUGACGCGGUGGGUGACAUCAACGCGGAGGAGGAAGAGGCCGAGGUGGAUGCGUUUGUGCGGGAGCACAUCACCGUGGUGUGCCCGGCGCUGCCGAAGGGCAUCACGCCCGAGGAGGCGGCGAGAAAGUUUACGCGGCAGUACCCUGUCGCGCGGUACUGCAUCGACCACGGACUCCCCAUCAUCCCCGUGGACCACUCAAAAUCACUCACGCGGAGUACGCUACUCAAGGAGAUGCUCCGCACUGUGCAGGGAACCGCCGCUGCUGCAACGCCGGGAGCCACGACACCUCCCGGCACCACGGCGACGUCGUCCUCGCACGCCGGCCGACCGCAGAGGAGCGCGCCGCUUACGCAUCACCUGCCCUCGCACGUCCUCUCUGCGUCGCGGCUCGUGCACCGUCGUCACGCCACCUUCACAGCCGCGAGUAAGGCUGCGGAUGACGCAACGGCGGGGAAGUAUGGAAUUCCGGGGAGGGGUGAUGGCGCAGUGGCCGAGGUGCCGGCGCCGCACACGUGGGCCGCACAGGGCCGCCCCCUCGACGACUACGACCUCGCCGUGGUCGUGUCCUUCCGUUAUUUUCUCCCGCAGCAGCUCCUGCGUGUGCUGCCGCCGGUGAUCAACAUGCACCCCUCGCUGCUACCACGUUACCGCGGAGCCAGCCCGAUCUUCAGCGCACUGCGCCACAACGAGGCGGUGGGCGGGGUCAGCAUUAUCCAAAUGAAACCGGAGCAGAAAGCGAUGGAUUCCGGCAGCAUUCUGUGGCAGUGUGAGGUGCCCAUGACGCCGGACAUGGACAUCCGCCUGUACUUUCCGCUGGUGACCCAGAUUGGUGCGGCGGGGCUGUGCGAUUUGAUCUUUGGAGAGGCCCCCGCCUCCUCUGGUCCUUCUUCUUCCAUCGCACGUGCGUCGAGGCACACAGCGGCAGCUGUGGCCACCUCUGCGAUGACGGCGGCGGAGUGUGCGGGGGCUGCCGCUGCUGCUGCUGUGCUUAAGCGAUCCAGAACGCACGAGAUGGCCGUGCACCUGGAGGAGGUCAUCACUGUAAAGGAGAACAGUUUCCAUCGGACACUGCCAGAACGCGACGAAACAUACGACGGUCACAGUGAUGACGUUGCGGAGUGUCAUGGAGCACGCAACAGCAGCAAGACUCCUCCGGCAGAUCCACACGCACACGGCAGUGAGGAAACCCCAUUCAUUCCGCCGUGGGUGGCGCUUCGUCGCAGCAGCCUCAUGCCCGUUGUCCACCGCUCCGACGGCCGCGCAACCCUCCUCUCGCCCCUUCACCACCGAGAGCGUCUGGCGCCCUACGCCGAUCUGCCUGAGCUCUCUGCCUUUUCUUCCAUCAUCACAGCCCAGUCGACGGAGAUGGCCACCGAGAAGGGAAGGACCGGCGGCGCGAACAGCAGCGCUGUCGGUGAGGAAGCACAGGCAGGCACUGCUACUGGUGGGGACCACACUGAUACUCCCCGACCCUGCCGGCGCUGGAUGACGCUGUGUCGCGGCUCCACCCACAUCACCCCCGAGGCGGUACAUGAGGCCAGCAACGCACACCGCGCGCUCUUCUUCCAAAACCUUGAAAGUGCCUCUGCUGCCGCCUCGUGCGGUGUUGGUGGCGCAGGUGGCGGAAAGCGCAAGAACGUUCCAGUCAACAAGAAGCAAGUCUCUCCGGCAGCCGCGGCGGAGCUGGCGGUCAGCACCGCGAUGAGGUGCGCGGAGGUGUUCCCCAAGUCCGUCCUCAGCCCCCACUGCGACUGGCCCGACAGCUUCACCUACAGCUGGAAGUUUGCGCAGCAGCAGGAGUAUGGCACCUUCGCCCACUUCACCGACGAUCCUUUCCACGCCCCACUCCUCCCCAAAGACUCGGCCGUGCUGCGGUUUAGCGCGUUUACGGCGAUGGAGGCCUUCGGGGUAUGGCGUGCCUUCGUCGGCGGCGACUACUUCCAACCGUCCGUCAACGCCACGUUGGAUAAAGGGAGCAGUCCGGUGCGAAAUCAACUCGUUCAUCGUGGCGUGCGGCGCCUGCUGCGGGAGCGGGCGAGGGCGCAGAAGAAAAAAACAUCGCCGCCGCCGCAACAACAACAAAAUCGGCAACCACGUCUGGAUGAGGCGGCCGUAGCGACGCUGGUGGCGACGAGCGCGGAUAACGAGACACCGGUCGGCAUCGUCGUGGGCAAACACAUCGACCUAGACGUCUUCAACCCCGUUGGAUUGCGGCUGCUCGCAGAGGCGGAGAACAUGCUGCGCAUUCCGUGUACCUUUACCCAGGUGACGAACCCCACGCUGGUGCCGCCGUGUGUGCAGGAGGAGCUGGCGGAGGUCGAGCGGGGCGGCGAUCGCUGCUGCGGCUGUCGACCGUCCGCACCGCUGUCGGGGCGACGCGUUCGGUUUUACCGCGCCCCGCCGGCCAUUUUCCGCUCUCUGCUGUCGACGCGCGCCGGCGCCAGUGAAGAUGACGAAGAGAGCGUGAACACGCAACGGCAGAGCGGUGCUGCCGCCGCCGCAGCAGCAGGCAAGAAAACGGCUCGCGUCCACGGUGACGCAGCCUCGGACAAGGCCGAGACAAACGAUGGAGAAGCGGCGACGGAACCCAAGGGUCGCUGUAGCAGGAAUGCAGCGAGGAAGUCGCGGCUGCAGCGGCAACAGCAGCAACCGGACGAGCCGGCGGAAGAUGAGGAAGCGCCCGAUGACUACGUACCAGACGUGAUCCAUGCAGCCCCGCCAACGGAGCACCGCUGGCACAUCCCCCCUGGCACUGGGUACUUCCCUGAGUCCGAUGAGAGCUACGGCGCCAUCAAGUGCAGAGAGGGAUGGUUUCUAUGGAAGGAAGCACACAUGAAGUGGGCCAACAAGGCGCAGCCUACCGUGCUGAUCCGCAAGGGCCUCGCCAUGAAGACGGGUGUGUUAUACGUGGGUCUCUUUUCGGAGUAUUCGUAG